AGCAGACGUGGCGCGGCUUUGGUGUAUUUCCCCCCAGUUUUGUGGCAUCGUGCGCUUGCAUAUUUAGUCAAAAUGAUAAAUUAAAUUAUAGCCCGCUAGUUAAUCGCGCUGCAACGGCAUUUAAUUAGUGAACAUUUGAUGGAUUUAUAAAUUAAAGCGCAUAAGUGAAAAGUCAUUUGGAAUUUGAAUAGUUCGCAGUGCGCACUGUAUAAAAACUUGGGGCGGCCAGCAGCAAACUAUCAACAAUUGAUUGCCUUCACAUGGAUAGCAAUUCGGUGAGUCCCCUGCCACCGCUGGCCAUCAUGGAGAACGAGAAGACGCCGCCGGGCACGCCCAAUGGCAUUGAAAUGCCGCCGCCGCCAGAUGAAAAACGAUAUGAGGAGGAUCCGGAUAAUGCCUGGAACUGCUGUUCCUGGUGUGAAUACCUACUGAUUGUCAUACUCUCGACCAUACUACUGGUGGGUGUAUUGAUACUCACGCUAUUCUGGGUCAUGUUCUAUCGCGGAGGUUUCGCCUGGACGGAGCGACCGCUGCAGCAGUUCAAUUUGCAUCCCAUCUUGAUGGUCGCCGGCUUCGUAACGCUCUCCGGAUUUUCUAUUUUAAUUUAUCGACUGUGCCGUUGCGUGAAGCACAUCUAUGUGAAGCUGAUUCACAUGUUCUUUCAUGCCGUUGCGAUACCCUGCAUUGCGCUCGGGUUCCUCUCCGUCUUCGAUUCGCACAACGCAUUGCAAAAGGUUAACUUCUACAGUCUGCACUCAUGGCUGGGCUUCGUGACAAUGGGCAUGUUUCUGCUGCAAUUCGUAAUUGGCUUUUUCACCUUUCUGGUGAUGCUCUGCUGUGAGAACAAGACAUAUAGCUGCCGCUCCGCCAUGGUGCCCAUACACGCCAGCCUGGGCUUGGCCAAUUUCUGGCUGGCGAUUGCCACAUCUGUGACGGGCAUUAUCGAGAAGGAACGCGAAACUGCCAAGGAUCCAAACUUGAGUGCGGAGAACCAACUGAUUGAGCAUUAUAUAACGAGCGCAAUUGGACUCACCCUGGUCGUGAUCGGCAUCAUUGUCACCUUUGCCGUGCGAAGGACCAACGCGCCAGCAUCCGCCAAAGUCUAUGUCACCGAACGCAUUUAGAUGGGCUACAGCCCAGGCCAUGCCCGGGCUUCGACACAUCCAUACUCUCGGUGCAUGAACUGUGUAAUCGCAAUCAAAAUUUUGUUACAACCAAAAUCUCUUGUCUGUGCAGCACAAAACACGACAAAACACGCUUUAGCAUACUCUUCAUAAUUAUAUACACACACUAUACUAAACUAUAUGCCAAAUCAAAAAAAGAAAAUCUUUAUCAACUACAUAAAUCAAAUCUAAACCUUUCGCUAUCAAAAUGCCAACUUUUGCUGCUAAGUAGUAGUAGGUAUAGGAAUCUCAGACUUAGCCAGACCUAGUUGGGAAUAUACACAGAUUCACAAAAGUAUAUAUAUAUAUAUAUAUAUAUAAUAGAAACUAGAGGACCGCCCAGCCCAGACCAAGCAUUAGCAAUUACAAAUACAUAAACCUUAUACAGCUGAAUUCUUAGCCAGUUUUAGACAUUUUUACACUUAACAACCGAAAAUACUAUUCAAUAUAUAUAUUACUUAUAUAGUGUAUGUACUAUACGAAACUAAUGCAUAAACUUUACACAAAACUAAACGUAGUUAUUGUCGCAUUUGAUGUUCUUUUUUUUGUAAUUGUGCAAACAUAUUUGUAUUUCAUAAAAAGCUAAGCAAUACAUAAGUUGUAAACCCAACAUUUUACAAUUACUAUAUAUAA